AUGAAGUCAGCGACGGCAUUGGCACUGGCCAGUCUUGUUAAAUCCACCUUUGGCCAUGGAUACUUGACGAUCCCUUCCAGCCGAACAAGGCUCGGUGCUGAGGCCGGCAUAGACACUUGCCCCGAGUGCACAAUUCGAGAACCCGUUGAGGCCUGGCCGAAUGUCACUGCUGCCACUGUCGGCCGCAGUGGCCCAUGUGGCUACAAUGCCAGGGUCAGCGUCGAUUAUAACCAGCCCUCGACUAACUGGGGUAACACCCCCGUUGCCACAUAUACGCCCGGUCAGACCGUUGAUGUGCAGUGGUGCGUUGACAACAACGGUGAUCACGGCGGCAUGUUCAGCUAUCGUAUCUGCCAGGACCAGGCGCUGGUUGAUAAACUCAUGACUCCCGGAUACCUCCCGACCGACGACGAGAAGCAGGCCGCCGAGGACUGUUUCCAGCGCGGUACACUGAAAUGCACCGACGUGUCGGGGCAGACCUGUGGCUAUAGCCCAGACUGUACCGAAGGACAAGCCUGCUGGAGAAACGAUUGGUUCACGUGCAACGCUUUCCAGGCUGACAGCCGCCGAGGAUGCCAGGGCGUCGACAAUGCGGCCCUUGGGUCUUGUUUCACCACCAUCGCUGGCGGAUACACAGUGACCAAGAAGAUCAAGAUUCCCGACUACGUUUCGAACCACACCAUCCUCUCGUUCCGAUGGAACUCGUUCCAGACAGGUCAGGUCUACCUCACCUGCGCCGACAUUGCUAUCAGCGGCAGCGGCGGCGGCGGCAGCUCAUCCUCCUCCACGGGUACCAGCACCAGCACGGCCGUAGCGACCACGACCAGUACGGGAUGCACGACCGCAAGCAGCGUUGCCGUUACGUUCAAUGAGAUCGUCACGACGACCCCGGGCCAGACGAUCAAGGUUGCAGGCUCGAUCUCGGCGCUCGGGAAUUGGGACGUGGCGUCGGCCCCGGCGCUCUCGGCUGCGCAAUACACGAGCUCCAAUAACUUAUGGACGUACACAGUGACGCUGGCGGCAGGACAGACGUUUGAGUACAAGUUCAUCAACGUGGCAUCGAGUGGAACUGCGACGUGGGAGAGCGAUCCGAACAGGUCGUACACGGUGCCGCGCAGCUGUGCGACUGCGGUCACUGUCGACACCAAUUGGAAGUGA